AUACGUGCGAAGGAAUUGUCGCUGCUCUUGAACUGCUUUGCGCGUGCGAGGUAUUCACCGUGGAUUCGGGUUGUGAAGAAGGAGGUGUUGCAAAGUCGUGGCCAUUGUCUGGAGAACGUGAGUAGUGGCAUUAAGGCUAGCGCUGAAGCAUCCUCAGCAUCGUCCUUGCUCCUUUUUCUACUGGAAAUAGUAUCCAAGGAAGCUCUCAUGGAUGCGAACGCGGUAGCUCUAAUGGCAAACUACUUGGUAACAAGCGUAGUGGAACGAACUCAGCGUUGUUUGCUGGCAUGUCGACGUCAGGUGCAGGGUCAUUGAUCGCAGAGGGAGAAGCCAAACCGCGUGCCAAGCAAAUCGCAGAACGCUUCAAUCUCCGCGAAGAAGAUAUAGUGAAACAACAUCCGGGCACGGCUGGGACGAAUGACCCGACAUCUCCGGACCUAGCUUCUCGUAGAGGUGGGUGGGAUCCCAGUACUGGACGCUGGAGCGCUGCGUGGUGUCAGG